CAGCUUGCGGGAUGCUGCGCGAAGAAACAUCAAGCACUCGAAAGCAGUAACAGGUGACUGAAAAGUUUCAAAAAUGUUUGGUGGAUUUUUUGGGAUGUUGAGGAAGAAAAAGGAGCUGAUCCCACUGAUAGGGUUCAUGGCUUUUGCUGCAACAGGAGCCACUUCUGCUGCUCUCUAUUUUCUCUUUACCAAACCUGAUGUUAUCUUGAAUAAGACUCGAAACCCAGAACCAUGGGAGAGAGUGGAUCCAUCAAAACCCCAAAAGCUUAUUACCAUCAAUCAGCAGUGGAAACCAGUGGAGGAGCUGGAGCUGGUAAAGAGCCUCACCAAGUAAGGAGGAAAGGAAAGAAAGCUAAAAGAUGGUGGUCAGAGUAUGACUCCCUGCCUACCCCCCAUCAGUCUAACAGGAUCCUUUCUGCACAAACUAGGACAGUUUGACACUCAGUGUGCGGAAAUGCUUCUGCUCCACUGGUGGGGUUUCACUCUGCUCUGUAGUGGCUCGGCCCGACGACGUCCAUCUGUAAUGGUAGAAAUCUCUGCUAGUAGAUACUCAUACUGCCAUAAAGUCCAAAUCUGGGUUUCUGUCAUUACCGCUACAUAAUUAUGUAUAAUCAUAUUGAAUAAAUUGUGGUGAUAAAUGGUAGUUUACAGUUACCCUCUCACUGUAGAUAUGAAUGUAUGAGAAAUUUACAUGUGGAAGACAUGCAAUGUAUAAUCAGUAAUAUAAUAUGUAAUAUUGAUAAAUUAUGGUUGUGACUGUGUUCAUGUUUCUUUGUUGGACUGUUGCUUUUGUUCUCUGUGUUUAAGAAAGUACUGGAAAGAAAAUACUGAUGUCCUUUGUCUGCUCUGUGUGUAGGAGAGAAUAGUAAUGUCUCAUUAACAAAGUGUGUGUGUAUCAAUAAAUGCAAUGCAAUCAUUU